CCAGUGGCUUUUGUCGAGAGGGAGGGAGAUAUACGCCUACGUCAGACGUUCGUGGACUUGCAAUUUCAAAUAUUAAGAUUGAUUUUUUGAGGUCGUAACUUUGUUGCGGGAAGUUUUUUAACUCGUUUUUUCCACAUUAGGAUUUAUCGAAGCGAGUGGGACUUGAUUGGCAUUAGCUGCAGCUAGCUCGGAACUAGGGCUUGAUCUGAGGUAUCGUGACUCCGACUAAUUCCUGACUUAGCCCUACUUGUUUUACCGAUGCGGGGAACACAACCAUAGCUUCGUAUACGAAGACAAUGCCGAGUGUGAAGUACCACAAAGGGGACAUGGUGAUGGGCCGCUGGCCUGGCAGCAACCUGUACUACGAAGUGAAGGUUUUGGGUUUCGAAGCCAAAAGUCAACUCUACACGGUCAUCUACAAGGAUGGAACUGAGCUUGAGCUGAAGGAGCAGGACAUCAAGAAAUCUUAUUGUUUCCAGCCGCGGUCCCACUCUCGCUCUCGUUCCCGAUCACCGGGCCGCCGUCGCAGCCACUCCCGGUCCCCGGGUAGAUCCAUGCACCGUUCUACCUCACGCGUGGCGGCGGCCGCCGCUGCAGCAGUAACGGAGACCGUGCCAUCGUCACACGAGGAUGCAAAGUUGCACGAAAUGGUUGAAGUCCUACUCAGUCCUCUGCAGCAGCCCAUAAUGGCUGCCGAGAGCAAUCGCAACAAUAAGCACGAAAACAAAGAAGAGAAUAACACUGCAAACAAAGUAAAUGAGUCUGAGGCAAAGAUGGAGACAGAGAAGAACCAGAGUCGCUAUAAUCUGCGCCGCAGGAAGCACGAUAGCGAGACCAAACCACACCGCCUGGAGGAGACCAAAGAGGUCACGAGGACUGCUGCGACGGUCUCCACCCAGCUUGACUUUGGGGGCAAGAUUGGGGCGUACUUCUGGUUGCUCUUCCUGCCAUCCUGGGUUCUUUUUGUGAUUCUUCAAGUCAACUUGAAGGACCCCAGCUUAGUCAACUUCCCACCCCCUUUCCCACCCCUGGAGACUUUUUGGGAUGCUCGGGCCCUGGGCUUGGUCAUCCUGUGGAUCUUAUUUCAGGUCCUCCUCUACAUCCUGCCUGUGGGAAAGCUGAGCGAGGGCAUGCCACUGAGGUCCGGGGAGAGGCUGACGUACAGAACCAAUGGUUUCUUUGCCAUUGCGAUGAGUGCCGCGGUUGUUGCCGCAGCCGUCCACCAGGGGAUUGACCUCACGUACAUCCACAGCCACUUCUUGCAACUUGCUGUAGCUUCCUUCCUCAUCUCUGUUCUGCUCAGUGUCUACCUGUACAUACGUUCCCGCUACGCUCCGCCGGACCAGCAGGCGCUUGGGGGAAGCUCCGGCAAUAUGGUGUAUGACUUCUUCAAGGGACAUGAGCUCAAUCCCCGCAUUAAAAAUUUUGAUUUGAAAUUCUUCUGUGAGAUGCGUCCGGGACUAAUCGGCUGGUGCUUGAUCAACUUUGCGUUUGCGAUGGCAGAGAUGGAGCAGCAAGGUUUGGACACGCCGUCCUAUUCCAUGAUUCUCGUGAAUGCUUUCCAGCUGCUCUAUGUCGUCGACGGCCUUUGGAAUGAGGAAGCCAUCUUGACCACCAUGGACUUGAUGCAUGAUGGCUUUGGCUUCAUGUUGGCCUUUGGAGACCUGGUGUGGGUGCCUUUUACCUAUACCCUGCAGGCCUAUUAUUUGGUUAGCCACCCAAAUGAGCUGAGCCUCGCGGCCGUCGCUGCCAUCAUCUUGCUGAAAUUGAUCGGCUUCUACAUCUUCAGAACGUCCAACUCUGAGAAAAAUGCCUUCAGGAGAAACCCAUCAGACCCUAAACUGUCAUAUCUGAGAACUAUUCCCACAGCAACAGGAAAGAGUCUGCUGGUGUCUGGUUGGUGGGGUGUCGUCCGUCACCCGAACUACUUAGGAGACCUCAUCAUGGCUCUGGCCUGGUCAAUACCCUGUGGCUUUAGUCACUUGCUGCCGUGGUACUACAUGAUCUACUUCAUCAUCCUGCUGGUGCACCGGAACUCUCGGGACAUGAGCGAUUGUAGGAGGAAAUACGGCUCGGCCUGGGACGAAUACUGCCGAACGGUCCGCUACCGGAUAAUCCCCCGUGUCUACUGAGUGGACUGAUGCCGGAUGCUUUUUGAGCCAGUAUUUACACCGAUGACUUUGUUUUUUGGGGGUCAUGACCUGCAUUAGUAUUUUAAAAGAAAAAAAUUGAACCCCCCCUCCCCCCCCCUCCAUUCAGUACAUUUCAAGAAAGCUUUUACAACACGGACUUUUAUUGACCUCAUAAAUUAUUUGCAAAAGAAUGAGGAAGAAAAUAUCUUUUGCAAUGUGAUGCAAAAAUGAUGCCUCUGCAAAGAAAGUCUUGGUAGGAUGUAAUUUUUGUAUAUAUACAUUUGUUUUUAUACUUGAGGUAAAACAAAACCACUCGUUAGAUUUUUAGCUCCAAUUGGGAUUUUUCUGGGUUGUUUUUUUUCACGAGCUCUGUUUGACGGAUGGGAUCGAAAUAAGAUGUACUAAGCAACAUCAAUUUGUAUUUUUCUCAGGACCCACAAGUAGCUUUCCUGUACAGUUCUUUUUGUGGCUUAUCAGCUUUGUGCUUUGGAAGAUUCCCCUCAACACCUCAGUUUCUGCUAUUUCAGCUUUCACGCCAUGUCAUUCAUGACACUUUUAUACUGUGAUCACUUGUUGGCAUGGAUUGCAUCGCCCAUGUUUGCACGCUCAGUAUUUGCAGCAUUUGAUCAUGAUGGAAGUAGCAAUGUUUCAACUCGAAGGACUUGUAAAUAUUUUAUUCUUCAUGGAGGAGACAAAACGUGAGUCAUUUUUCUUUAGCGCUAUUCAAUGUUUUUUGGUUUGUUUUUGUAAUGAUAUGGGUGAUUGUAAUUUUGUUUACAGAUAGAUCUGCCACAUUUUAUCUUAUUUAAAACAAAUGCAUUUAUGUUUGGAAGUAAAAAAAAAAAUACAAAUACCUCUGCAACACAGUAAACUGGUUAAAUUAUCUGUAUACAUGUUUCAGCCCAAAUAAAAA